AUCAACCUUCUCAAGUCUACCUACAAUAUUUGAGACAUUUCAUAAAUAUGGAAAACAAAAUGGGGUACAACAUUAAGCUUGUGUUGUGCAUCUGCUCCUUGGCAUUAAUCUUAGCUCGUGUCUCCUCAGCCGCUUCCAGAAGAGAUAUCAGAGGCUUCAUCAAUGAACACAACAAAGCUCGGGCGGAGGUCGGUGUUGGUCCGAUCAAAUGGAACGCGACCAUAGCAAGGUAUGCACAAAACUAUGCCAAUGUAAGAUCUUGGGACUGUGCAAUGGAGCACUCAAUGGGGCCUUAUGGUGAGAACAUAGCCUCAGGCGAAGGCAUGACGGGUGCAGCUGCUGUCAAGUAUUGGGUUACCGAAAAGGAGUUCUAUGACUACAACCAAAACAAAUGUAUUAACGACGAAUGUGGUCACUAUCUUGCUGUGAUUUGGAGCAAAUCAACCUAUGCUGGUUGUGCCACGUCAUUGUGCACGAAUGGACAAACCUUUGUGAUUUGUGAUUAUGAUCCUUCUGUAACAGAUGGGGAGCGCCCUUACUAAAUAAAUAAAACUUACACUGUAAUCUUGUGCCUUUAGCACUUGUUCACUCGUCAUAGGUCAUGUAAUGAGUGCGUUAAAGACAAGAGUAUUAUAUAGCACCAUUUACGAAUGAGCUUUUCUCGUAUGUACUAGACAUGACCAUGUUUUGGUCUCGGAUCUAGUAUUUUGUUCUUUUAAAUAAAAAAUUAGAAAUAAAAGGGAAUGUGAGGUA